GAGGAGGGGGGCUUGAGAGCCGCCCCUUUACCCCGGCCCAUGCCGAGGGGGCCCCUCGCGGGUGCCGCUCCUCGGCUGCGGGUUCCUCCCUGGCCGCUCCCGUGGGACGGGAUGAGACCCGCCGGAGGGUCUCGCCUCCGCCGAGCCGGGGCGUGGGGAGCAGGGGGGAGUCGGACCCGGCGUGCCCACUCCGUUGUUGGUACCUGCACGCAGGUGCUGGCACCCUGCGAGAGAGGGUCGGCCCUGCUGCAGUGGUGUUCAGCAUCCGGAAUAGCUCGCAACGGUACCAGCGAUGUCAAGGCUGUGUCACGGCUGCCGGCAGCGUGCUGACCUGAGCCCUGCUGCUGAGUUCUGCAGGCUCUGGAGCAGCCCGGCAUAACCUAUUAGUCAUUUUUAAAAAGAGUCACUUGCUAACAGAACAUUUCUAAACAGAAAUUCUGCUCGGGACUGAUGGCCUGUGCCAGGAGGGGCUUUGGUGGCAGUGACUGUCUUAAACAUCCCUCAGGAAGGUUUGGAAAGGACAUGGGUAUUGAACAGCUCACCUGCUCACGGGGCAGGAUUUCCCCUAAGCCGUAGACCAUGGGGACCUGUGAUGUGGUUCCUGUUUGUUUCUUCUGACAUUUGUAUUUUGGUCUUUGCUUUAGAAGUACUGGGUCACACACUGCUCCUCAAAUAGCCCAUCAGGUUAGCUCAGCUGGGCUUGGUUUAAGGUGUUUCUGUGCAGGGAAGUGAAAUUUGUGAGCCUUUUGUGCAGAAAGUGAAGAAACUCACUUAAAGCAGAAGUUUCUGCUUUUGGCUUUGUGGUGAGCACUGUUUGAAAGGGCUGCAAAAAGAACAGAACCAAGGUUGAACAGGGCCCCCUGAGGUUAAGGCAGAAAGCAGGGUUUGGCCUGGAAGGAGUAGGAGUGAUGAUCAGAGCAGUGCCACACACUCCUGCUUCAGUGGGUUGGAGAUGUCAUCACUGAACAGCACUACUCAUCCACACCCUUCCCAGGAAUGUUGGUAGCAGGUGUAAGCAAGCUCCUUGUCUUUUCAUCCCAGGCUGUUUCCAGCUGGCUCACUUUCCUGGUUAGUAGAUUCAGGUGCAUGUUCAAUCCUCAAAUCAGAUUCCAGGGUGUGUGAGUAGGCAGGACAAGCAGAUCACAGUUAUAAUCCCCUGGAUUGAGGGGAGACACAGGUUGGGCACCCUGUGCUCUCAUGUCAGAUCUCCUUCGGUUUGUUUUGUUCUUACCUGGGGUUCAGCAUGCACCUUGUUACUGGCUCUGUCCUGCCUGGCCAGAAAUGGGCUGUGUUCCAUUUCACUCAGGGCAAGGGAAACUCCUCAGUGCUUUGUUCUUGCUGUUUUACUCCAGCCAUCAGUACUGCACGUGCAGAUUCCUAGAGCUCUGCUGUUGUCUUUCUGUCCUCAGUCAGCAUCACAAACUGAAAGACAACAAGGGCAGCCCUGGUAACCUUGAUGACUGAUAUUUGUUUUUUAGUGACUGAUACACUGGAGGAAGGUGUUCCUGGACAGUCCUGGAGACAGAGCAGGUUACCUUGCUACCCUGCUCUCCGUCCUGCUGCAAUGAGUGGGAAGUCCUUGCUCCUAAAGGUCAUUCUCCUUGGAGAUGGUGGAGUUGGGAAGAGCUCCCUCAUGAAUCGCUACGUCACCAACAAGUUUGACUCGCAGGCGUUCCACACCAUUGGGGUGGAGUUCUUGAACCGGGACCUGGAGGUGGACGGGCGAUUUGUGACCCUCCAGAUUUGGGACACUGCGGGACAGGAGAGGUUCAAGAGCCUGCGGACGCCCUUUUACCGGGGAGCAGACUGCUGCCUGCUCACCUUCAGCGUGGAUGACCGGCAGAGCUUUGAGAACCUCAGUAACUGGCAGAAGGAGUUUAUCUAUUAUGCCGAUGUGAAGGACCCUGAACACUUCCCAUUUGUAGUCCUGGGCAACAAGAUAGACAAACUGGAGAGGCAGGUGAGCACAGAGGAGGCCCGGGCCUGGUGCAUGGAAAACGGUAACUAUCCGUACCUGGAGACUAGUGCCAAGGAUGACACCAAUGUAACGGUGGCCUUUGAGGAAGCUGUGCGACAGGUGCUGGCGGUGGAGGAGCAGCUGGAGCACUGCAUGCUGGGCCACACCAUUGACCUGAACUCCAGCUCCAAAUCGGGCUCAUCCUGUUGCUGAGAGUAGCUGCUGCUUUGGGAGUGGUGCUCGAGCCGGCAGCUGGAUCAAACACACCUGGGCAGCUCUGGGCCACUCUGAGUGGCCACAAGGACAAGAGGUGGUUUGCUCACUGGGGAGCUGCAGCUUCACCAUCUGAAUCCUGCCUGGAGUUUUCAGGCACAGAGCAUGUAUCUGCGGGAGGGAGCUGUUAACAGAGCAUGUGAGCAUAGUCUUGCUUCCAUCUCUGCCUGUUUUACCAGGUUUAAGGAGCUGAGUUAAAGUCCUUUAAAUUCUCUAAAGACAAUAGGGAUUUGUUCUCUACCAAGAACUGCCUGCAGAGCAAAGCUGAGAGCAUCCUAGACACUGAAGUAUUUUAGUCCUGAAAAAAAAGAUAUUAGACCCACUCAUGACCAUACUGCCAAAGGAAAUCCCACUCAACAUACUGAACAAAACCUGUCAUAAAGACUCUGGCCCUUGUGACUGUGAGAAAGCCAAAUACUGGAGUGGCUGGGAUGUGUGUCUGUUAUUUGGGAUAAGUGCACUGUGUCCUGAGGCUGAAUUGUGAUGAGAAUUGUUAGAGCUCUGACUUGAAGCAACAUGUGAAGGAGAGAUGGGCCUGUGUUUGAAUGUGACAGUAUUGUUUCUUCAUAGCUGCCUAUUUCUGGUCUGGUUUUCCUCACCUCUAACUUUGUCUCGUGUGAGUGUUAUUUUUUGGAGAGACUGUCUGCUUGUUGUUUAAUACUUGUUUCCUUGUCCCUUGUGGAAGCUCAGCCUUGAAGCCUUGGGUGAAAAACACUGAUGUGGAUGCUCACUGGGUCAUGUCAAAGGGUUACUCAGGAGAUCUGGAGUGUGACACUUCAGCCGGUUUCUGUCACAAGUGAUCACUGUGUUCAGGUGAUGUGCUCUAGCAGACCAGAUGGCAGGUGGGUGGGCUGUCUCCUAGGUGUGCAGGUGGCUGGGGCCUCAUGCGUGGUCAGCUGUUAAGCCCACUCUCUGUCUGGCAGCAGUGACCACUGUGCCUCAUUAGCUAGCACAGCCACGCCUUCAGUUGCUCCAGCGUGGAUGUUCCCUGUGAAUGCUGCAGCAUUGAACCAUUUACCUGGUGUCAGGCACAGGGCUGCAGGCUCAGUUAGCCCAUGCCAUUGGCCUGGCCCCUGAUCCCUCAUAGGAAACCCAGGGUGUUUUAUCUGUAAUUCCUGUGACAUACUGGUCAAGUGUCUGCUGUCAGUCCAGUGGGGAGAAAGCUGCACUGCUUUCUCUGUUCAAGGUGUGGGCAGCCCAAGGAGCCUUCUAGAAGGGAUGCCAGGCUUUGCUCCCAACUCCUGCUCUCUGCUAGGUUAGUCCCAGGCUGGCUGUGUAGCAGAGAUGAGCUUGCUGGCUGCUGUCUUUGCUAUUCAAACCUCGUGCCCUGCAACCCCCUGUGCAAGCAUUUGGCCAAAGCUGUGGCUGCCCACAGGCACGUAGGAGCCUGCCCUGAGCACAUAUCCACUGGCUGCUGGGUGAUUCCCACUGUGGUCAGCUGCUGAAUGGUAAAUUUUAUAGCUCAAAUCAAGCAACCCUCCCUUAAGCUGUGCUUUAGAGCAGGGCAGUCCCUGCCCUGUGCUGGCAGCUUGUCCCCAUCACAGUACAGUCUCUGAGCAUGCACAGCAUGAGCAUUUUCCCCCAUUUCUUCUGGGGUAACCCAGGGAGAUACUGCCCUUGUCUGCAGGGCCAACCGUGUGUGGGACUGGAGUAUUAAUGCUUUAGGGGGAAGUAAUUUCUAAACAGGCCUGAACAGUUGUGUUCAUGGGGAGUAAAUGCUAUUCAGGCAGCUCCCUGAAGGAGAAGGUUCUGCCUCUGUAGGUGAAAGAGAUUUUUACAGGAUGUUAUUGUUACCGUUUAUUUAACUGUGUCUGACCUCCUGAGGCCUCUGGAUUUUUCUUCAUUAGCACUGCUUGAUAUUUCCUUCAAGGUCCCAGGCUCUGUGACCUGUGGUUCCAGUUUCCAUCCCUGAACAGGCUCAUUCCCUGGAGCUGGCACAGGGACUCAGGGUGAGAACAGAUUCAAGUCCCUGUGUGCUGCCCCCCACCCCCCCGGCAGGGGUGCUGCUGAGGGAGCUCCCUGCAGGUGAAACUGCCACUUUCCCAUUGAUCUCCUGAGGUCUGUGUGAGGACUGGCACCUCUUGUGGAAGAGGGCAGAGAUUCAGCAUGCCACAGUGCAGGAAGCACAUGAGCAGCUGUUUGCAGCACCAUUGUGUGUCAAUGCCGGACGCUAAAGCUCAAAAGCCUCGUUGUGCACAUGUUACCCAGCACCUUUUAUUUCUGACAUUGGAUCACUGACUUUUUAUAUUAAAACCCUCCUAUUAUAUUAGGCUUUUUUUAAAAUACAGAGUAUAAUAUAUUUCAGUUGUUUAAUUUAUUUUAAAUGAAACACACAAUUCCCAAUGGAGCCAGGAUUUUGAACUCUGUUGCAGUUCAGUGCCAACAGCCAUCCCUUCCCGUGUCCCCUCGUGCUGCUGCGGUUGUUGCUAUUGCUACAGAGCUGGAAUUGUAAAACCAUGAUUCUACCUUUAUUUAAGCAAAUAAAAUAUGGAUGUAUCCAA